AUGGUUCAAUACGGAUGGGCUUUGGCCUUAAUGGCCAUUCCGGCAGUCUCUUCAUCACAAAUUCCACUUCGUAUUUCACAAGAUUAUUCCGCAAACUCUCAUACCCAGGAUUACAAAUUCGAUCCUCUCCUUCAUCUUCCUGGUAUCAGUCCAUAUUUCGAUGCAAUUGGCCCGGGUCUUAAUCACAAAGCACCUCGCCUCUGCGAAGUUACAGCUGCAUCUUAUCUUGUCAGACAUGCCGCAAUUUAUGCUAAUGACGACGAUUACGAAACCUACAUCGAACCAUUUUUGAAAAAAUUAGAUAGUACAUAUACCACCAAAUCAGGAAAGAAAAGGAAGGGAUGGACUGGCCCGCUCGCAUUUUUUGAGAAAUGGCAAACUCCCAUCGAUGAUCCAAAGAAUCAAAUGGAACAAAUCACUCCUCAAGGAAUCAAAGACUCGAAAAAGGUUAGCAAACAUUUGUUAUCCAGAUAUCCCGAACUAGUGCCCACAACGAAACGAAUCUAUGCGGACAAGAAGUCAAGAACACAAGAUACGGCCAAGGCAUUCGGUAGUGUCUUUCCACAAAAAGUCGAAAUCGUCGAGAUUGGAACAAAUCGAUCGUCCUUUCAUUCCCAAGUCCCACAUAAAGCAUGCGAUGCAUUUACCAAAAAACCUGGAGACGAAGAAUUACAAACUUUCCUCGCAAAAUAUGCACCGUCGAUCAUCGCAAGACUUCAGCAGUAUUCACCAGUCCAACUUGGGAAUUAUGACAUAAUGGGGUUGCAACAGAUGUGCGGGUAUGAAUCUGCUAUCAAGGGCAAGAUUUCAAAGAUCUGCGAUGUUUUCACAGACGAUGAAUGGAUGGCUUACGAAUAUGCGUGGGACAUGAAAUAUUCGCGCAUGGUGGGCCAUGGUAAUCCUCUUUCGCCUUAUUUGGGAUUUCCUUGGCUAAAUACCACGGCGCAUCUAUUCUCCAAAUUUCAUGCGCCUCAACAUUCCGAAUCUUCCGGUAAUGGGAUUCCCGAUGACGACGGCCAACGAUUCUUCUUGUCUUUUACCCAUCGCGAAGUUCCUCCUUUCAUAGCCACCGCCCUUGGCCUCUUCAAUUCCUCCAAUGCAUUCGCCGAAGAAUUUCCAACCGAUCGUAUAAAUUGGUCUCGAUCAUGGAAAAUGUCUGAACUCAUCCCAUUCUUAGGUCAUGUUGGAAUCGAAAAACUCACAUGUAAAGGAUUGAAAGGCGAUGCAGAUGAUGAAGAUGAUGUGCAGGAAUUUGUGAGGAUCAUCGCCAAUACUGCCCCAAGGCCAAUUCCCGAAUGCCAAGGCGGGCCUGGCGCUUCUUGUGAGUUCCAUCAAUUUGUAGACAUUGUAGAAAGAGGAAUGGGUAUAUAUGGUGAUUUUGAUGGCAUUUGUAAAAAUAAGAAAGAGGUUCCUAAAGAUCAGUAUUAG